AUGGAUGCACCUAUGAUCUUUGACGCUGAGGACAUCGAAGGAGAUAAGGAGGAUCACAACGAUCCCUUGGUUCUCACGCUGCCAGUAGCGGGAUGUAAUAUCAAAAAGAUCCUCAUCGACGGAGGAAUCUCAGUCAACGUUCUGUUCUACGACACAUUCAAAAGGAUGAAGCUUAAUGACGAGCACCUGAUGUCUUCGUACUAUACUAUCUACGGGUUCAACGGUGCAGCAACAAAGCCACUCGGAGACAUCGUUUUACAAGUGAAUGCAGAACUGAUGAAGGUUGACGCUCGAUUCAGUGUAUUAGAUGCACCUUCUCCCUAG